CCUGUCACGCCGUAGUUUCCAGUUUUCUACAGGUCAAACUACAGCAACAGCAGAAAUGAUCCGAUCAUUAAGUUCACUCAAAUACUCUCUGAAUGUCUGUCAGCGGGCUCAUGUCAGGCUGUUGUCAUCCAGCAGAGGGGUCGGGAAAAGUAUAGUCCCCGCCACAUUCACUGGAGCAGUUGAUACUAAUGUCAGACAGCAGCUGCAUCACAGCAGACCUGUCAGACUGUGGAGCUGCAGCUGUGCUGCUGUCAGUGUGGCUCAUCGCUCCUACAGCACACAACAGGCUGAGAGCGCAGAGGAGGAGACGCUCCACAGCAUCAUCAGAGACACAGAGAACAUUCAAGGAUCCUACUCCAAACAUGAGUUCCAAGCAGAGACGAAGAAACUGCUGGAUAUUGUGGCCAGAUCGCUGUAUUCUGAGAAAGAGGUGUUCAUCCGAGAGCUCAUCUCAAACAGCAGCGAUGCGCUGGAGAAACUGCGGCACAAGAUGAUCACAGCAGGAGGAGAUACAGCACCAAUGGAGAUCCACCUGCAGACAGAUGCUGCCAAAGACACCUUCACCAUCCAGGACACGGGUGUUGGGAUGAACAAUGAGGAGCUGGUGGCUAAUCUGGGCACCAUCGCUCGAUCUGGAUCAAAGGCUUUUCUGGAUGCUCUUCAGAAUCAAGCGGAGGCCAGCAGCUCCAUCAUCGGUCAGUUCGGUGUGGGCUUUUACUCCGCCUUCAUGGUGGCUGAUAAAGUGGACGUUUAUUCUCAGUCAGCAGAACCAGGCUCUCCUGGAUACAAGUGGUCCUCAGAUGGCCAAAAUCGAAAUCAAAAUUUAACUUUGAUGAAUCGCACAACCCUACUUUUCUGUUUUGCAGAGGUUGUGACCAAGUACAGCAACUUUGUCAGUUUUCCCAUCUUCCUGAACGGACGGCGGUUAAACACCCUGCAGGCGCUCUGGAUGAUGGAGCCCAGAGACCUCAGCGAGUGGCAGCAUGAGGAGUUUUAUCGCUAUGUGGCUCAAGCCCAUGAUAAACCCCGCUACACACUGCACUACCGCGCAGACGCUCCGCUCAACAUCCGCAGCAUCUUCUACGUGCCGGAGAUGAAACCUUCCAUGUUUGAUGUGAGUCGUGAGAUGGGCUCCAGUGUGGCCCUGUACAGCAGGAAGGUUCUGAUCCAAACCAAAGCCACAGACAUCCUUCCCAAGUGGCUGCGCUUCCUGCGAGGUGUUGUGGACAGUGAAGAUAUUCCUCUGAACCUCAGCAGAGAGCUGCUACAGGAAAGUGCUCUAAUCAGGAAACUGCGGGAUGUUUUACAGCAGCGGGUCAUUCGGUUCCUGUUGGACCUGAGCAAGAAGGAUCCGGAGAAAUACGCUCGCUUCUUUGACGACUACGGGCUGUUUAUGCGCGAGGGCAUCGUGACCACAGCAGAGCAGAGCGUCAAGGAAGACAUUGCUAAGCUGCUGCGCUUUGAGUCGUCAGCGCUUCCUGCGGGACAGCAGACCAGCCUGAUGGAAUACGCCUCUCGGAUGAAGGCGGGAACGAGGAACAUUUACUAUCUGUGCGCACCGAAUCGCCACCUGGCCGAACACUCGCCGUACUUUGAGGCCAUGAAACAGAAAGAUAUGGAGGUCUUGUUCUGCUUUGAGCAGUUCGAUGAGCUCACGCUGCUUCACCUCAGAGAGUUCGACAGGAAGAAGCUCCUCUCAGUCGAGACAGACAUAGUCGUAGAUCAUUACAAAGAAGAGAAAUUUCAAGACAGCAAACCAGCAUCAGAGCGACUGACAGAUCAGCAGGCAGAAGAUCUGAUGGCCUGGAUGAGGAAUGCACUCGGGCAAAGAGUCACCAACAUCAAGGUGACCCCGCGUCUAGACACACACCCAGCCAUGAUCACGGUGCUGGAGAUGGGUGCCACUCGACACUUCCUGCGCACACAGCAGCUCGCCCGCAGUUCAGAGGAGAGAGCCCAGAUCCUGCAGCCCACACUGGAGAUCAACGCUGGACAUGAUCUGAUCAAGAAGCUUCAUGCACUGAAGGACUCGAACCCUGAGCUGGCACAGCUUCUCCUCGAGCAGAUUUACGACAACGCCAUGAUCACCGCUGGCCUGAACGAAGACCCUCGUCCGAUGAUCUCGCGGCUCAAUCAACUCCUCACUCAAGCCCUGGAGAAGCACUGACACCUGUGCUGGAGUACAGCCUGACGGACUUGUUUUGCCUUUAUUAGAGUCAUGCAUGGAUGCCCAAAGGGGGCGUCCCGUGCCGCAGAGGUCAUCAUUGCACACUAAACACAAACAAACAUUGUUUAUAUGAAGACUUGAGAAUCUUUGUGCAGGUGUGACAUUGUGGUUUUGUUGGGAGUCGUGUUUUACAGCUGAUAUGACUGAGAUUUGUCAGUCCAUCCAACGAUAAAACAAUACAUUAAACAAUUCAGCGGUUUGUGUUGCCGUAGUUGCACUCCUGAAUUUACCUGGAAAGACGCAAGAUAAAUUUCCAUAUCAAGAUAAAUAUACCAGGAAAAACAUGUUCUGUUGAAUAUCAAUAUUUCUUGUCUUUUUUUCCCUCUAAACUGAUUCACAUUCAGUCUAUUGGUUCUGUAAAUUAACAACUUUUUCAUGUGUAAAGUUAGAUGAAAAUAAAACAAACAUGCAUAGAUAAACCAUGACUAA